UGGAUGACUUUCAGUCUUUUCCCAGGAAGUUCCUCCUAACACUUGAGCAAAGUUCAGUCUGCAAUGGCAGCAGAUUCCCCUGUUCUCCUGGCUGCAGUGACCCUUCUGUCUGCCUUCCAGAUGGGGUACCUGGCCCGGAGAGUUGGAUGGUCCAGAAUGGCUCACAAGAUCCUCCCUCCUGUAGUCUCCGGUCCUCCAGAGUUUGAACGAACUUUUCGUGCGCAUCAGAACUGUGUGGAGUUCUACCCCCUGUUCUUGGUGACUCUGUGGACCUGUGGGAUGUUCUUCAGCGAGGUGCUAGCAGCAGCAACAGGUCUGGUCUACAUGGCGGCCAGGCAGCUCUACUUCAACGGCUACACCAAGUCCACCAAGAAAAGGUUACCCGGCUUUUACCUGACCCUGGCUGCACUUCUCAUCAUGUCUGUUCUGGCUGUGGUCGGAAUAACGCGCGGACUCCUGGACAAGUACUUUUACACCCCUAUCUGAAGAUUUACAUCUGUUUCAUGUGAAGAACAAACGGAUUGCAAAUAUUGCUUUUAUGCACAUAUGUGCAUAAAAGCAAUAUCAAUAUUCAAGCGUGUGUUCUCCAAGUGAGUAAUCUGUAGGCAGAAGCUGUUCUGAUUAAUCUCAGAAAUUAUCAAUAAUUGUCUAAAAGUGGUUUCUGACCACUGAAUGAGUUUUCUGGCCAAUUGUUGAUUCUUAAAAAGUCUACCAUGACGAUUCUAAUUAUUUUUUCUGAAAUGUUGCUAAAUCUAACAAAAAGUCACUGAAGUGGUGACAGUGGAGUGACUUUUGUUGGCUGGGAAUGUGCAGACAUGACCUGGUGGAUGGUGCAUCACUCAAACCUUUCAGAUCGGUGGAUAAGAUUGGCUUCACAUUUAAGUAUCAGCCAAUCAUAAUGCUCCAAAAUUAAGUUUAAUAGAGUGUAACUGACAAAUUUGUAUUAACCAAUAAAGGUUUUUUUUCCCCUCA